AUGGGUCUGCAUACAUGGGACAUUCCACAGUUGGUUCAGACCAUCCUCACUGGUCUAGUUCUCUUCCCAGCUAUGGCCAUCUUCGCUCUCGUCUUGUCCAAGCCGGGUGCCAAGCAUGACUACACCCUCAAAUGGGUCGACUUUACCAAAGUCGCCUUCGGGCUUUGGAGCGCAUCUCAUCUUUUCAGCUUCAUCGCGUCUAUUAUGUUAUUGGUCAUCUUCUCCCGCCAGUACUGGGGCCACUCCCUUGAAAUUGACAUCAUCAGCUACUUUUACGUUGUCAGCUUAUUUCUUGACAUCGGCGCUCAAGUAACCUUCUUUCUCGCCAUUUUCUACCUUGCGCAUGCUUUUACCCAGCUCCGUAUCGGUGCCGGAGCAAACGAGACCCAGCAGUUCCGCAUCGGCCAAAAGGGUGCGCUCGGGGUGUCCGCACUCCUUGCCCUGAUCGCCCUUGCCGUCUUUUCACUCGGGGUCGCUAUGGUAGCCAUGCUGAGCAGUACGAGGGGAUCUGGAAAUUUCAACGAUUACGAUACUAUCGUGAGAAUAAACAUUGCCCGGGAAUAUCUUUACUAUAUCAACCUGGGCAUCCUCACUGUUACUGCCCUCGCCGUCACCGUAUACGCCAUUGCGGCUCGCAGGAAGGAAAGAGACAGUCCCGUGGCGAAGGCCGCCACGCUUUUGCUCGUCUCUGCGUCUCUCUGGCUCAGCACUCUCCUCUGGACUGUGAUCUCCAUCCUCGUAGCACGCUUCGCUCCCUUUCCUAGUGCUUAUAGAUACAUGAUGGUGAUCGACGUUUUCCUCAGGGUCUGGCCUUCGUUCGCUACUCUGUUGGUGCUUUAUCUCUUGGCCUCCAGUGACUCUUACGGUCUUUCGAGGAUUCACUACCGGGUUAACGACGACGAAGAGCAAGAUGCGUGA